AUGCCACCUCUGCCCGCCUCGCCGAUAAACUCCUGGAGUCCGCGUGUGAUUUGCUAUUUCCAGACCUACCAUCACAACAACGAAUAUAUUUCACUUUUACCGCUAAUAACCAACCCGUCCGGUGUCACACAUGUCAUCCUCGCCGCUAUCCAUGUGAACUGGGAGCCCAACAAUCUAACACUAAACGACGACCCUCCCCACCAUGAGAAGUACACUCAGCUCUGGGACGAAGUCGUCGUGCUGCAGGAUUCCGGAAUCAAGGUGAUGGGCAUGCUCGGCGGCGCAGCACGCGGCAGUUUCGCCAGGCUGGACUACAGCGAAUCACGGACUGAUGUGCCUUUUGCAAGAUUCGAGGCUUACUAUAUCCCCUUGCGAGAUAUGAUCCGCAAGUACGGACUCGACGGACUGGACCUGGACAUCGAGGAGGAAAUGUCUCUACCGGGAGUCAUUCAUUUGAUUGACCGGUUGAAAACCGACUUUGGCCCUGACUUCAUCAUCACGCUUGCACCAGUCGCUACGGCGCUUAUGGCAGGUCGCCCUCACUUGUCAGGCUUCGACCAUCGCAUGCUCGAGGCUGCCAGGGGAAGCAGUAUCGCGUGGUACAAUGCGCAGUUCUACAAUGGCUGGGGCGGAUUGCACAACACUGACGCGUACGACGAGGUCAUGCGAAAUGGCUGGCCGGCGGAGAAGGUCGUCGCCGGUAUGUUGACCAACCCAAAGCAUGGCGGGAGUGGAUAUGUCCCGCUGGAGUUGUCAGCAGCAGUCCUGAGCUUGUUGACGGAGCGCUACCCUAAUUUUGGCGGAGUCAUGGGGUGGGAGUAUUGGGACGCUCUUCCACAGGAGCACGAUUGUUGGAUGUGGGCUUACUGCAUGGGUUUGUGCAUGGGUAUGAAGAAACUGAGGGAUACUGCCGUUAUGAUGCGUAUGGGCAGAAGUAUCGGAGGCAUGGACUUGAAUCGGUGA